GGACCUAGAUGGAGCUUCAGGUGACUCGGUGGUCAUGAUGUUAGUGAAUGCACUUACAAGAGGCAGCAGAAUGCAGGAGAGUCUCUUUGAGUUAGUUAGCUGAGACCCAGGGGAACAAUCCUGGGAGUGCCUGCCCUUCCACAGAGGCCUGCUGGCAUUGAGGCGACCAGUGUCCAGGGCAUGGGGAGUAGGAGGGGAGAUCAGCGAGUGCUCUUCCUUCCCCUGAGCUCCUUGUGAUGUGUCACCUUUGUUUUCUGUCAUCUUUGAGGGCUGGGCCAGUCUUUUCUUAGUGCCUCUCCCUCCAGGGUUGCCUUGCAGAAGAGGCACCUCCUGAGUGACUGGAUUUGCCCUGGCUGCCAUCAACCUGCUGCAUGUCAGAAUGGCUGGUGAGGAAAUGGGCAAGGCCUCAGUGCCCCUUGGCUUCUUUAUAAGAGGAGAGGUUGAGAGGAGCCCCUGGGGGCCUGCCUGGCCUAUUCCCUACCGGAAUGUGGAGUUGCUGCAGGCAGAGGAUCUAUGCCUCAGUGGGGGACCAGCUCUGGAAUGCCACAGUAGUGUGACUGCAUAGGCCCUCCCUUCCUCCCUGUCUCUGUGGCAUGGCACAGGCUGCCAGUCGGCUCAAGCUUUCUUUACAUUGGCACACCUCCAAAAGCUUGCCUUUGCCCUGGCUAAGCUCAGCACCUCAUUCUGGCGGGUACUUUGUGGUGCUCAGCAGAAGAAAAGAAGGUGAAAGCCAUGUGCGUGGCCUGGCCAGAGACAGAUACACCUGUUAGGGGAAGAGUGACGUGAAGGAGAGAUGCAAGGCUUCUGGGGGCCAGAUUGGCUCCAAAACAUGUACAGAUAGUAGACCCAGUGCACAGGCUCCACGGGGAGUCAUGGUCCAUAUUUGGGGUGUUAGGGUGCAGUAGGCGUCUGAACUGGUCUAUAUCUCACUCUUCCCUUGGGCUGGGCCCAGACGGAGAGAGGUAACCUGGCCACAGCCACGGCAGCCCACCUCGGGGUGGCCUCCAUGCCUGCCCAGCAGCCAGCCUGCUUCUGCCCCAGCUUUGGCGCUGGCAUGAGGAAGUUGCAGUUUGUACACCCAGUGACCAUUGGGCCUGGCUUCCCAGCUCCUCCUCAGGGCUUUCCUGUCGGUGCCAAGGCAGUUCCCCAGUCACGCCAGCCAAGUUUCCAUAUGCUGUCUGCCAGCUUGUGGGAGCUCCGUGCGUGUGGGAGAGACUUGUUUGUAGAAGUGGACGCUUUCCUUUAAAACAGCCCCAGGAGGGGAAAAGAGUGCUCCCUCAACUUCCCAGGUUGCCUUGGCCAAGGAUCUGGGCCAAUGAGAGCAGCCUGUUGAGCUGGCCAACUUGCGGCAUCCGCUCUGAAGAGCAGAGAAGUCAUACCUGCUUAUGGUCCUCCCUGCCCCCAGCAUUUGGCUUUGUAUACCAAAGAUGAUCUGGCCCAUCUUCCUCCCGGAGGCACAGAGACCGGUUUCUCUAUCUGCUGGUGAGGGCAUUGCAGGGUUCGGAAGCUACAGACUCAGUGUCCCUGAGUCAGCAUUGUCUCUUUCUUCCCAGACUUCAUAGCAUUCACAGAAGCUGCUUGCAAGGUCGUCAGGCUCACUGGGGCGACUGGCACACUUUACCGUACAGUAUGUCAUCCAGCUGUCAGAUCAUCCUUUUGCCGUAGCCUUCGUUAGGGUUUGGAUACUCCUGAUCAUUGAUGACUCAGUGUCUUGUGAAGUGGGCGCAGCUCCGCACUGACAGCAAGUUGUCAGCAGGUCUCCGUGCAGUGGUGUCGGGGCCAGGUGGUGCCCUGGGGGCAGCAGAAGGGCCCUUUCUCCCCCUCCCUCUGCCAGAAAGACUUCCCUGGAUUUGUAGGCGUUGACCCACAGUCAUCUGUCCUCUUCAGAAGAGGAUUUUCUUCAUGGUUUCUACUGAAGGGGAGCUAGGGGAGAAGAAUACAGGGUCACGUUUGACACUGUAGGACAAGACACUGGUGCUGGUUCUGGUCAAUGAGGAGCAGGCGUCCAGGAGGGCUCCCCACAGGCCCUAGCAGGCUCCUUGGCAAGGCCCUGGACCGGGAAGGGGCCUCCCCCGCUGGCCGCUCUGCCCUCUCAGAGGUGGGCAGAGUCUGUGAGAGGGGGUGAGCCUUCCCCUUGUGUAUAUAGAGUGAGCCCAUUUGUGCUCAGGAAAACCUGGUCGCUUGUUGUUGCUCUUGUCUGUGACAUUCUUGUACACUGGUUUGCUACUCAUGGCACGAAACAGACAAAACCCCAUGAAAAACAAAAAACAAGUCAUUUUAAACAAA